ACCGAUACUCCAGAUGUCCGACGCAAACGCAUUGAAGGACCAGGGCAACAAAGCCUUCGCGGCCAAAGACUACGACAAAGCUAUCGAACUCUUCUCGAAGGCCAUAGCCCUUGACCCACAAAACCAUGUUCUCUUCUCAAAUCGCAGCGCUGCUAAAGCAGGAAAGAAACAAUAUGAUGCCGCACUAGAAGAUGCUGAACAGGUACGUGAUGGUACUUUCGGCUGUAAAUCGCAGCUUGCAGUUAUAGCAAUUGCUCUUGAGUAUCCUGUUAACGCAAUCCUCGCGUUUUCUUGUUUUGGGAUUCUAGUGUGUCAAAAUCAAU